UAUCAUCACACCGGUUACAUGUGCCAAGGAAAAUGGCCGCCCAUGUGUUUCGUAAACUAAUUGCGACAAAUAAUUCCGCAUUUUCAAUCAAGUUGAGCCACGACAUUUACAAAUAUGUAUGUCGUCGUCAAAUAUGCAUGUCAGCUUCAAUAUUUCAAAAGCCUGGACCACCUAGCGCGUCUAAAGGGACAUUCAAACGCGAUAAACCGCAUUUGAACAUCGGGACGAUUGGACAUGUCGAUCACGGAAAAACGACCUUGACUGCGGCAAUCACCCGUGUGCUCGCAGACGACAAAAUGGCAAAGUAUAUGAAGUACGACGAGAUCGAUAGAGCUCCUGAUGAGAAAGCCAGAGGAAUCACCAUCAAUGCUGCAGUUAUUAACUAUGAAACCGAGAAGCGACACUAUGGUCAUGUUGACUGCCCCGGACAUCAUGAUUACAUAAAAAACAUGAUCACAGGUGCUGCACAGAUGGAUGGUUGCAUUUUGGUGGUUGCAGCAACUGAUGGUACAAUGCCACAGACACGUGAACAUCUCAUUCUCGCCAAACAGAUAGGCAUAGAAAAACUUGUCGUGUUUAUCAAUAAAGCAGAUGCAGCCGAUGCUGAGAUGAUAGACCUUGUUGAAAUGGAAGUGCGCGAUUUGUUGACUGAAAUUGGUUUUGACGGAGAAAAUACUCCAGUUAUUGCUGGCUCUGCUCUGAAAGCAAUGAAUGAUGAAGAUCCUGCAAUCGGUAGGGAAAAGGUGAAGGAACUGUUAAAAAAUGUUGAUGAAUACAUCCCACUACCGCCAAGAGACUUGGAUAAACCAUUCAGUCUGCCUAUUGAAAGUGUAAUGGUUAUUACUGGUCGUGGUGUUGUUGUUACAGGGAAGUUGGAUCAAGGUAUCAUAAAGAAAGGUGAUGAAGGAGAGGUCAUUGGAUUUGAUAAGAAAAUCAAAACUACAAUUACAGGAAUUGAAAUGUUCAGACAACUUCUCGACAGAGGCGAGGCUGGAGAUCAAAUGGGUUGUCUUUUACGUGGACUGAAAAAAGAGGAUUUGCGAAGGGGGAUGGUUCUUGCAAAACCUGGUCUGUAUAAGCCCCAUAACAAAAUUGAAGCACAAAUCUACUUAUUAAAGAAGGAAGAAGGUGGAAGAGAUAAGCCAUUUUUGCCGUAUUUCAAUUCGAUGAUGUAUAAUCGAAGUUUCUCAGUAACGGCCAGUCUGGAAAUACCAGAUCGAGAAAUGAUAAUGCCAGGCGAAGACACUACAGUUCACUUCACCCUUGGCUAUAAGAUGGGCCUAGCAUUAGGAGACAGGUUCACAAUCCGAGAUGGUAGUCGAACCCUUGGUUAUGGCGUUGUUACAAAAUUCCUGGAAAAUGUAGAUAUUCAUCAGUACCAAGAAAUGAUCAAAGCAAAGAGGAAGGCUGACAGGAAGGCAAAGGAGGCAGCUGGAGAGGCUUAAAAUGAAUAGAAUGGGAAUUGAAAAACUUGUUUUCAUAAGCUACCCCAACACAAAUAAAUGUUAUGGCAGGCAUCCUUGUAAGGAUUUCAGCGGUAGAAACAAUAUUGAUAUGACAUUGGUUUUAUGUAUUGAUUUGGAUAUGUAUUCACAGUCUAACUGUAGAAACGUAAAACAAACAAAUGUUCCAGAAGUAAAAACAUAAAGGGACAUGCCUCAAGAUUUAUUUUAGUUGAAAUUAGUAAUUACAGUAAAUACCGUAUAAGUACUUAUUUCUGCGGGCUUAAUCUGCGAUUUUGUCAAAAAUGAGGUGGUAUUAAAUUUCUGCGUACCUUAUUUCUGCGGUGUCUUCCUUCGCACGUUGAUGGGAUUUAUUUAUGCGGUUCUGUAUUCACCAGUUGUUUCAUUAAUUUCAAAUAGACAGGUACGUUUUUUGUUUUUAUUUUGACAGUUAUGUUGGCUUCCGGUUUGAAGAUAAAAUUUGACGGAUACUGAAUAGAUGUAACAUCGCCGUCAUCAUCACAUAAUGUUGAGUGUUAAACGCAAGGAAAAAGUCAUUUUAAAUAUACAGUCAUGCCAAACAGACACGAAAAAUGCCCGAAUCUAUAUUUUGCAAACAUUCUCAUCUGUGCAUUAUAACGGUAUGAUAAUUUUUGUUAAUCACGCCUUUUUCAGGUCCCAUACAAAUAACGGAAAAUAUAACCAUCGCCAGACGGAUCGGCUAACAAUAGACACAAAGGAUACAAUGGAUUGUGUUAACAGUUUGUCAAAUAAUUUAAGAAAAUUGAUACUGACAGCUGACUGCUCAAUGGUUUAUUCAACAGCAAAACAAUUAUAAAACGGUUCUAUUUUAUUACCGUUACUACUAAAUUUUCAACUUGCUUCGUAGGCCUUCGGCUACAUGUGGGACAGAAGCCGAUUUCGCUAUCGAACAUUGUCUUAUACUUAACCAGAUUAUAAUGGCGGCUUAAAUCGUCGUAUCACGGCAUGUCAGGACAAAAUUUUCUGCGGAUUUUAAAUCUGCGGUCUUAUUGUCUUCCGCAGAAAACGCAGAAAAAACUUUCCAGCAGAAAAAAGUACUUAUACGGUAAUCAGUAGAAACAAGUACUAGUGAUUCAGCGAGUAUCUUUCAGUAUUAAUGGAUAAAACACAUUUGUUUAUUAAUAAAAAUAAGUUAUAGAUCUUGAAAAAGAAUUUAUAAUAUAGAUUUUAAAAAAAAAGUAAGAGAAGAAAGUAAGCUGUAUAUUAUAUCAUAAUGCUAACCUCCUACCUUAAUGUGGCAUUAUGCGCAUCUUACUGCACAUAGUGUGUUUUAGGUGAAUGUUUUAUAAAAACUAUUUUUGGUUGCUUUGCAUUUAAAUGUUAAAGUAAUGAUAAUGCUGCGUAAGUAUUGAUGCUUCAGAAAUAAAGAAAGCGGACUAAUAAAAUAAUAAUUCUUUUCUUCAGUCUUCUGCGCAGUGAUCUCCCUUACCUAUAUGUAGAAAUUUCUGAAGUUGAAGGGAAGCAACUCCUGUAUGCUGUUUGACCCAUUUUUAGCUGGCCCUCAGGCGAGUUUUUGUGAUUGCUCGAUGUUAGGCAUCUGUCUGUCGUCUGUCUGUCAACAUUUAGCUUGUGUAUGCGAUAGAGGCUGUAUGUUUCAAUUGAUCUUCAUGAAUUUUGGUCAGAAUGAUAACCUUGAUGAAAUCUAGGCCAGGCUCGAAAAUGGGUCAUCUGUGUUCAGAAACUAGGUCACUAGGUCAAAUCAAAGAAAAACCUUGUGUAUGCAAUAGAGGCUGAAUUUUUCAAUUGAUUUUCAUGAAUUUUGGUCAGAAUGAUAACCUUGAUGAAAUCUAGGCCGAGUUCGAAAAUGGGUCAUCUGAGGUCAAAAACUAGGUCACUAGAUCAAAUUAUAGAAAAAUCUUGUGUAUGCGAUAUAGACUGUAUUUUUUAAUUGAUUUUCAUGAAAUUUGGUCAAAAUGAUUGCCUUGAUGAAAUCUAGGUCAAAUUUGAAUAUGGGUCAAUUGAGUUCAAAAACUAGGUCACUAGGUCGAAUUAUAGAAAAAUCUUGUGUAUGUGAUAGAGACUGUAUUUUUCAAUUGAUUUUUAGCUCGACUAUUCGAAGAAUAGUCUAGCUAUUCUACUCACCCUGGCGUCGGCGUCGGCGUCGGCGUCACACCUUGGUUAAGUUUUUGCAUGCAAGUACAUACAGCUAUCAUUUAAAGGCAUAUAGCUUUGAAACUUAUUUAUUCUUUUUCUAGGUCAAUUACCAACCUCACUGGGUCAAGUUCCAUAACUCUAACAUGUAUUUUGAGCAAAUUAUGCCCCCUUUUGGACUUAGAAAAUUCUGGUUAAAGUUUUACAUGCAAGUUACUAUCUCCAAAACUAAUGCAGAUAUUGAAUUGAAACUUCACAUGUGUCUUCGGGGUUAUAAAACUAGUUGAUAGCACCAAGUCCCAUAACUCUGACCUUCAUUUUGGCCAAAUUAUGCCCCCUUUUGGACUUAGAAAAUUCUGGUUAAAGUUUUGCGUGCAAGUACUUACAGCUAUUACUAAAAGGCAUAUAGAUUUGAAACUUAUUUUUUCUUUUUCUAGAUCAAUUACCUACCUCACUGGGUCAAGUCCCAUAACUCUGGCAUGUAUUUUGGCCAAAUUAUGCCCCCUUUUGGACUUAGGAAAUUCUGGUUAAAGUUUUGCGUGCAAGUACAUACAGCUAUUACUAAAAGGCAUAUAGAUUUGAAACUUAUUUUUUCUUUUUCUAGAUCAAUUACCUACCUCACUGGGUCAAGUCCCAUAACUCUGGCAUGUAUUUUGGCCAAAUUAUGCCCCCUUUUGGACUUAGAAAAUUCUGGUUAAAGUUUUGCGUGCAAGUACAUACAGCUAUUACUAAAAGGCAUAUAGAUUUGGAACUUAUUUAUUCUUUUUCUAGAUCAAUUACCUACCUCACUGGGUCAAGUUCCAUAACUCUUAACAUGUAUUUUGAGCAAAUUAUGCCCCCUUUUGGACUUAGAAAAUUCUGGUUAAAGUUUUACAUGCAACUUACUAUCCCCAAAACUAAUGCAGAUAUUGAAUUGAAACUUAACAUGUUUCUUCGGGGUUAUAAAACUAGUUGAUAGCAUCAAGUCCCAUAACUCUGAUAUGUCCCCUUUUGAACUUAAAACUCUUUUGAUAUUUAACAUUUUGGGUAAUAAUUUCCAGCUUCUGUGACAAUAUUUCGAAUAGUCGAGCUUGGCUGCCUUAUGGACAGCUCUUGUUAUGGAAUUUGGUCAGAAUGAUUGCCUUGAUGAAAUCUAGGUCGAGUUUGAAUAUGGGUCAUCUGAGGUCAAAAACUAGGUCACUAGGUCAAAUUAUAGAAAAUCUUGUGUAUGUGAUAGAGACUGUAUUUUUCAAUUGAUGUUUAUGAAAUUUGGUCAGAAUGAUUGCCUUGAUAAAAUCUAGGUAAAGUUUGAAUAUGGGUCAUCUUGGGUCAAAAACUAGGUCACCAGGAUAUAUUUAAGAAAAUACUUACUUAAAUUCAUAAGAGCACAUUUUUGGUUCAAUCUUAAUGAAAAUUUGCCAAAAUAUUUGUUUCCAUGAAAUCACUAGGUCAAACAAGCUUACACUGUUAUGGUGUGUUUCUCAGGUGAGCAACCUAGGGACAUCUUGGCCCUCUUGUUAAAAAGACUGCCCCAGUCAAAAUAAGAAAAAUCAUAUUUAAAAAGUUAUUAUUUCAUACUGGUAACAGAAGAGUUUGGUAUAUUGGGUUAAAAGCUAUAAUGUCGUCCACCCUUUUUACACACAACUAUUUCAGCUGGAUUUUUACUUAAAAAAUGUGAAUGUGCAUAAUUCCACUUUAAAUAAGAUUGAUUACUGACUUCUGAUAUCUUGAUAUACCUCAUCUGUCCUAUUUUAACUAGCACACUGUCUUUUUAGCUUUUAUUCUCAUAACAUUUGUAGUAGCAUAUUCAUUUCUUUAACGACUGUUUCUGUGACGGUGCCACCCAGUGAUAGUCGGAAAUCUACAGUUGAGUGAAAGAUGUAGAUGUAUAUCAGUAUGUUUUAAAAAUUGUGAUAUAUUUGAUGCUAACCUUUGGCCUAGGGAUGUAAACAGGAUGUGCUUAAAUAUUUUACAAUGAGUGAAACCAAUCACCAUUUGAUUAGAUGCUAACCUUUGGCCUAGUGAUGUGUAUACUGUAAAAUCAUUUAAUUUCGUGGGCAUGAAAUUUCGUGGUAUUGGUUAAAACAGCAAUUUCGUAGGGAUAUGAAUUCGUGGAUUUCAACUUUUGAAAAAAUGAUGAAUGGGAACUUUACUUGUUCGUUGGGAUUUAAGUUCGUGGAUUGACUAAACCACGAAAUCCACGUAAAUUAAUCCCCCACGAAAAUUUCACAGUACAUGAAUCCAAAAAAGGAUCUUCUAAUUUAAUUGGUCAGGUUGGUUCAUGCAGGAGAUUUCAUGAGAAAAUUGCCAGUUACAAUUCUGAUUAUUAGCUCACCUGAGCAAUUUUUCUGAUCGCUCGAUGUCCGUCGUCUGUCAUCUGUCGUCCGUCAACAUUUAGCUUGUGUAUGCGAUAGAGGCUGUAUUUUUCGACUGAUCUACAUGAAAUUUUGUCAGAAUGAUUGCCUUGAAGAAAUCUAGGGUCAUCUGGGGUCAAAAACUAGGUCACUAGGUCAAAUUAAGGAAAAACCUUGUGUAUGCAAUAGAGGCUGUAUUUUUCAAGUGAUCUUCAUGAAUAUUGGUCAGAAUGAUUACCUUGAUGAAAUCUAGGUCGAGUUUGAAAAAGGGUCAUCUGGGGUCAAAAACUAGGUCACUAGGUCAAAUCAAGGAAAAACCUUGUGUAUGCAAUAGAGGCUGUAUUUUUCAACUGAUCUUCAUUAAUAUUGGUCAGAAUGAUAACCUUGAUGAAAUCUAGGCCGAGUUUGAAAAUGGGUCAUCUGGGGUCAAGAACUAGGUCACUAGGUCAAAUCAAGGAAAAACCUUGUGUAUGCGAUAGAGGCUGUAUUUUUCAAUUGAUCUUCAUGAAUAUUGGUCAGAAUGAUUACCUUGAAAUCUAGGCCGAGUUCGAAAAUGGGUCAUCCGGGGUCAAAAACUAGGUCACUAGGACAAAUCAAGGAAAAACCUUGUGUAUGCGAUAGAGGCUGUAUUUUUCAAUUGAUCUUCAUGAAUAUUGGUCAGAAUGAUUACCUUGAAAUCUAGGCCGAGUUCGAAAAUGGGUCAUCCGGGGUCAAAAACUAGGUCACUAGGUCAAAUCAAGGAAAAACCUUGUGUAUGCGAUAGAGGCUGUAUUUUUCAAUUGAUCUUCAUGAGUAUUGGUCAGAAUGAUUAUUUUUUAUUAUCACUUUGAAGGUAUGCUUUAAUCUUGCAGCAUGUUACUAGUGUUACAUUAGAAUUAUAACCUGUAACUUCCAAUAACAAGUUGCACAAAUGUGCUUGCUCAAUUUACUUGUUCCAAAUUAAAAAAAAAGAAAUGUAAUGAAUAUUGGGGCAUGCUGCUUUGAGAAAACUAAUUACAGAAACCAAGGACUUCUUAUAUUUUAGUGAGGUCUUGGAAGUUUAGAAAUGCUGAAAAUCAGAAAUCAGUGUUAUAAAUAAUUUCAAAUGCCAUUGUUUUGCUCAUUCUUUGUCAUUUUCUGUCCUCAUGUCAGUCAGUUGGAAGCUAGACUAUUUAGUUUACAAUGAAUAACAAGCCCUUAACAUGCUGGACAUAAUUGAUUCUGCAUUUGCAAAUAGUGUAGAUCUUGAUCAGCCUGAACAUCCAUGUAGUCUGAUCAUGAUCUACACUGUUUGCCAUUCAGUCAGUAUCUUUGGUAUUAAUCAUCUGCCCAAAUUGAAAGAUGGACAUGUUCAUUAUAGAAAUUAAGCAGGAUAUUAAAUUAAAGGGCUAGAGAGUGCUUAGCAUACAGUGUUUGAAUUAUUCAAGUUCUAACUAAUGAAGUUUGACUGUAAAUGGUAUUAUUAUUAACACUUUAAAAAUGUUAACAUAAAUAUGAGCUUUGAACUGGAAUUUGAAUGUUGAAUCAACUGUUGAAAGAAUUUAAUGUAUAAUUGUUACUGAGUUUUCUGUAUUGUAUUAAUAAUAGUUCAAUUGCUGGAAAUCAUGUGAUAUAGCAGUAUAUUAAAAUUAAGAGUUUGUGUA